ACAAUAUAAGACAAUCAAUAGAUUCGCUAUUAACUUGGAAAGGUAAAAGGCAAUUUAGAUAAUCAAUUGUGAAUGUUGAGAUCAAAAAGUUUCAAUUGUUACCCUUAAUUGUGAAAGUGUUACAAUUGUCAUUGGAUUUUUUUGUAAAUUUAGUAAAUUGUUUACGAUAAUCAAGUUUCAUCAGUGGUUCUUGUUGUUGGUGUAUGGGAGCAGAAUUACAUUGGGAUUAAAAGGAUUGAAAGGAUUGAAAAGUGGCCUCAAAUUUUGGCAGAAAAUAAUUUAAUUUGUACAAAGAAUUGGAUUACAAUUGUUAUUUACAUAAAUUCGUAGGUUAAUUGUUGGAAAGGUUGUUAAUUGUUCUGAUUGUGAUGCAACAUCAAUUCGAACAGCGAAAAAGUUUCUCUCAUCCUUCAUCGAACCCAAAGGAAGGACUUUACGAAAAUAUUCCAAAACUUUCGUACGAAACAUGGUUCAAAUUAUUCGGCUUAUUGUCCAGUGGACUUGACCACGAACGUCGAUAUGGUCCAAUUAAACAAGAUCGAACACCGGUCAAGAUUAAGCGACUUUACUGUCAACUGAUAACUGCGAUGUUGUGGUUCUUUGCCGUUCGUGGGUUCGUCUUGAUGUUUAUCGACGAUAAAGGUUUAGCCGUUCUAAUGGGUGACCUAUCGGUUUAUUGGAAUGAUUACCGAAUGUACUACCUAAUGCCAACCUUUUACUAUUCCUUUUCAUCGGCACUGGUGGCCACUACUUUUCUCCUUAAAGAACGUGACCUUUCCUGGUUCAUCCCUUUCAUGACCUUCUCUCAGCACCAAUCAACCAAUCCAAACGAUAAACUUGGUUUUCACCGAUGGCGAAAUUUAAUAUUUACCUUAUUCAAUUUAACCGUUACCUCUUGGGUCACUGGAUCCAUGGGCUAUCUGACCUAUUCAGCGGCACGGGAUAAUAUGGAUGCUCACACCUUCCGUCUUUUCAUGCCCUGGCUGGUAGUCCAGGUUAUCUGGUACUUUUUCAUGACGGGAAUCAUAAUGUUCACAACUUCGUACUUUAAUUUGGUCUGUCUUAUGGUACAGAAAAAGUUUUCCGACGUUGCAUCGGAAAUUGAGGCACUUGCCGAAGGUGAUCCUGGUCCACCGGGUUCUAAGAACGAUGAUCUUACCCGAUUGUAUUUCGCUCAUAAUGAUCUUUGUGAAAUUACCGAUGAAUCUAAUUCCUUUUGGCAAUAUAUUCUAUUCUAUAUUAUCGGUAAUUUUAUCCCCAAUUUCUGUUAUGUUAUGUACACCCUGUUCUUUGGUGAUCUGGACACUCCACUGGCCAUUUUUUCCUGGUUCAUAUUAGGUCACACUUUCCUCAUAAUGGCCAUCCUUUCCGUUUCCGCCGCCGAUGUUUCAUCUGAGGCUCAUGCUCCUUAUACUUCACUUCAUACCCUUUCUUUACUUCAACUUCCAAUCGAUAUUGAAGUUAAUAUGUCAACAUUUCUACAUCGAGUUCGAGGUCCAACAAUUGGUUAUUCAAUUCUCGAUCUAUUUGUGAUUACAAACUCAUCGAUCUCAAAUACUGUUGCUGCAAUUGCUUCAUAUUUUCUAAUUGUUGCUGAUUUCUCGAGAUCAACUGUUAAUCAAGGAUUAAUCCAAAAAGCACAAUCAAAGCAAAAGGCAAUCAAUGAAUCACUUGCAAUGACAACAACAAGUUCAGUUUUAGAUGCUACAACAAUUUCAUCAACCGGUUAAUUGUUGAUGUUAAUCAACAAAAUUGAUCAAAGUUACAACCAAAAAAAAAAACAAAACAAAACAAUUACAAAGUUGAUCAACUAAAUAAAUGUAAAUGAUGGUGAUGAUGACUGUUAAUUAACUUCAAGAACAAAAUUGAAACCCACAAUCAAAUGACACACAACAAAUGAUUUAAAUCACACAAUUUAAAUAUACAGGGAGUUUUUUUAUCCACCGGCUAUUUCACUGAAUAUCUCAAGAACUAAAAGUCAUAUGAAUGUCAAACUUGACCAGAGGACUAACCUACACGAACAACCUACACCUUUCAACGCGUCCUGCAGGGAAUGAUCUCAAUGACCUUGAAAAUCGUAGGUUCGAGUGCUGUUCAGUCCUCUGGUCAAGUUUGACCUUAAUAUGACUUUUAGUUCUUGCGAUAUUUAGUUAAAUAGCGGGUGGAUAAAAAAUGCCCUGUACACAAUUCAAUUCAAACUAAAUUUAAUCUAAUUUAUCUAAAUUAAUAGUCAACAAUUAACAAUCUAACUGUUGACAAAACUGUUGGGCUGAAUAAAUUGUUUAUCUUAAUAUUGAUACAAUUA